UGUCUUAGAUCUACCGGUCGAUCAGGAUCGACGUAAUGGGCACCCCUGGUUUACACAUAUUGAUAACAGUUGUACGUAUGCCAUCAUACCACAUGUACUGGCAGACAACAACACGCUAAAACCCAAUUGCAAUGGUCAUGGGACGUAAGCGAUUUGAUAAUCUGCGAACAUACAUCCAUAUGAACGACAAUAGCAAUGUGAAGCAAAAGGGUGAGCCUGGAUAUGAUCCAUUGUUCAAGGUGCGACCAGUACUUGAGAAAGUCCGUGCAAACUGAAAGUUGAACCGGAAGAAAACCACUCCAUUGAUGAGCAGAUGAUCCCCUUCAAAGGAAAAAUUAGAAUGAAACAAUAUAUCAAGAACACACCGAAAAAAUGGGGAAUCAAGGUCUUUACUCGUGCAGAUGUCACUGGACUAGACUAUGACUUUGAAGUAUACACUGCAAAAGGGACCGUACCCAAUGAGCGUGGCCCUGAUCCUGUUGAUAGAUGCAGGUGGUCAAAAGAGAAGAAGGAAUAUGUGGAAGUGGACAGACCCCACAUUGUCAAGGUGUACAAUAACAACAUGGGAGGAGUUGACUUGGCAGACAUGUUUGCUGCACUCUAUCGCAUUGAACUCCGCCCACGUCGUUGGUAUCUGCGCAUCUUGUACUAUUUGAUUGACCUAUUACUGGUCAAUGGCUGGCUCCUCUACCACCAUCAUCUCACCCAGAAGCAGGAGAAGAAGUAUAUGCCAUUUCUUGACUUCCGCACUCAAGUUGCAGAUGCCCUCAUCAAGGUUGGCUAACGGGCUAACUUGAACAGUCGGAAAAGAGGACGACCGUCAUCGGAAGAGGCUCUAGAACACAGUCAAGCUGCCACAUCUUCACUCCAGGUCAGAGGAUCAUUACACCAUCAGUUGAGGUCAGAU